UUUCGGACUGAAAAGUCUGGAUUCUGGAACAGUUGAGCAGCUCAAGUCGGAUCCAUUCCAACCAAGUUACCUACUGGUCAGACGCUCGUCCGAGUCUCGCAUGGGAAGCUUGUUGUAGAAACAGUAACCAAGGACCGGUAGACAGACGGUCUCAGCCCCAAAAUCUUACGAUCUCCUUGAACUUCUCUGUCUCAAAUUAUCUCUAACCGAACCCAAAUUUAUCUAGUUUGGGAGGCACCGAGAUGUCGUCAUCCGAUUCCCCCUCUUCAUCCUCUGCUGAAGAAAACCCUAACACCAAAGAAAUCGAAGAUCAACUGGCAACGGUCGUACUUACGGAAUCCAAUGAAGAUAAAUUUCAGGAGUGCUCGAGUGACACCGCAAGUGCAUCAAACAAUCACGGAGAGAACAAUCAUGAUGAAGGAGUCGAGAAAUCUAGUUCUAAGGUGGUUUGGGGGAGGGUGAAUUCGGAAUUGGAACUGGAGGGACCGCCUAGUCCCAGCAGCAGCGGAUAUGCAGGCGGGAGGGGAACCAGCAGUGCGUCGAGUACCUCCAUAGUGGACGAGGUAAGUGAGGAUGAGAUACAAGAAGUGGGGAAUGGCAGUGCCAUUGAGGGGGCCACGGAUUCCCAUGAGUCUUGGAUGCCGGGAAAGCGGCACGUUGAUGAGGAUGAUGCCUCUAUAUCAUGGAGAAAAAGGAAGAAGCACUUCUUUGCUUUGAGUAAUGCUGGCAAACCUAUAUAUUCCAGAUAUGGAGAUGAACACAAGCUGGCAGGAUUUUCUGCAACAUUGCAAGCCAUUAUUUCCUUUGUGGAGAAUGGGGGGGAUUGUAUCAAAUUGGUUAGGGCAGGAAAGCACCAGGUGGUUUUUCUUGUCAAAGGACCAAUUUACUUAGUUUGCAUCAGUUGUACAGAAGAGCCAUACGAGUCAUUAAAGGGACAGUUGGAGCUAAUUUAUGGACAGAUGAUACUUAUAUUGACAAAGUCGAUAAAUAGAUGUUUUGAGAAGAAUCCGAAAUUUGAUAUGACGCCUUUACUUGGAGGGACAGAUGUUGUCUUCUCUUCUCUUAUCCAUUCUUUCAGUUGGAAUCCAGCUACAUUUCUCCAUGCAUACACUUGUCUUCCCCUUGCUUAUGCAACAAGGCAAGCUGCAGGUGCUAUACUGCAAGAUGUGGCUGAUUCAGGCGUCCUUUUUGCAAUAUUGAUGUGUAAACACAAGGUUGUCAGUCUUGUUGGUGCUCAAAAAGCUUCCCUUCAUCCAGAUGACAUGCUGCUACUUUCCAACUUUCUUAUGUCUUCAGAAUCAUUUAGGACUUCUGAAUCUUUCUCUCCAAUCUGCCUUCCAAGAUAUAAUCCCGUGGCAUUUUUAUAUGCCUAUGUGCAUUACUUUGAUGUUGACACAUACUUGGUGCUGCUUACUACCAGUUCGGAUGCCUUUUAUCAUCUCAAGGAAUGCAGGAUUCGUAUUGAAACAGUCCUUCUGAAGUCAAGUGUUCUUAGUGAAGUUCAGAGAUCCAUCCUAGAAGGUGGAAUGCGUGUUGAGGAUUUGCCAAUUGACCCCGUACCUCAUUCUGGAUCUUUGUCCCCUCAUCUAGGUCACCACAAACCUCCAACGGAUUCUCCUGAGAGAAUCAAGGAAUCUUUUGGUGGAAUUGGUGGUCCUGCUGGACUUUGGCAUUUCAUGUAUCGUAGUAUAUUUUUGGAUCAGUAUGUCUCUUCUGAGUUUUCUCCUCCAAUUAAUAGUCCAAGACAGCAGAAAAGACUAUAUAGGGCUUACCAUAAAAUUUAUGCUUCCAUGCAUGAUCAAGGAAUUGGCCCACACAAAACUCAGUUUAGAAGAGACGAAAACUAUGUUCUACUAUGCUGGGCCACACAAGAUUUUGAACUCUAUGCAACAUUUGAUCCACUUGCAGACAAGGCUUUAGCAAUCAAAAUCUGCAACCGGGUUUGUCAAUGGGUGAAAGAUGUAGAAAAUGAGAUAUUUUUGUUGGGAGCAAGCCCUUUUUCGUGGUGAUAUCCCUAGAUAUGUAUCACAGUUUGUAUACUAGUUUUUUUUUUAAUUAGUAUUAAAGUCCCUCAUAAUUUUUUUUGUCUUAAAUACUAAUGGAGCAUAAUGCAGGUAUUUUGUACUCUUUUUUUUUUUUUUUAGAGGUGGGUUUUAUAAUUACGACAUCUUCGUGAGCUGUAAGAGCAGACUCAAAAUGUACAAAUGCAUGUAUACAGAAGUAUUAUGAAGUCAUAUUCGAUCUUAAUAAAUCAUUUUUGCCACCCUGGUGGUUGCAGUGACUUGGGAUUUAAUGUCACUUC